AUGUAUGGCGAGGUACCCUACAAAGUCUUGACCUGGAUGUGCGAUGUUGAGACUCCAGCUCAAGAGGUCAUCCAAUCGACAUACGACUUUGACAAAAGCAAAGCCAUCGAUGUAUGUUUUAUGGCUACCCAGGAGAAGUCCAGAUACCACGGAUAUGGAACAGAACUUCUGUCGGUGAUUACGGAUGUCGCACAGAGGAUGGACGUACCUGUCAAGCUAUUGAGUGCCACAGAGGAGGCCGUGAGAUUUUACAAGAAAUCUGGGUUUUUCAUCAAUCGCGAUGGAACGGGCGAAGGGAAAGCAACUCUACCUUUUGAAGGUCGCGAAGACGCGCAAUUGUUCGCAUUGAGCUAUGUCCCGAAUGGCUGGACAGGUCCUGGCAAGCAGUGGGCCACAACGGAUCCUACGGCCGAUGGUGUAUGGUAUCCCGGUCUUCAUGAGACAUGUAUCCCGCGAUGCUCCUCAUUGCAUGUAUAUAAUUCUCCUCUCUAG